UUUGUUCACCGGUUAUGGGAAAUUUUCCGAUACGGUUUCGUUGGAAAUCGAUGAUAGUGUUAUUCCGUCGAUCCAGCCUCCUAGACGGAUACCGAUCGCGAUGAGAGAAAAGCUCAAGAAGGAACUCGUACAGCUGGAGAAGGAUGGAAUGAUAGUCAAAGAACCAUCACAUACGGACUGGGUGAGUAAUUUGGUUAUUGUUCGUCGCCCCGGAUCCGAUGGGAUUCGAGUGUGUUUGGAUCCUGUCAUGCUGAAUAAAGCGUUGAAAAGACCAAACUUGCAAUUUGUGACACUGGACGAAAUCCUGCCAGAACUUGGGAAAGCCAGAGUAUUUUCCACUGUGGACGCUAGGAAGGGGUUUUGGCAUGUAGUAUUGGACGAAACAAGUAGUAAAUUGACUACAUUCUGGACACCCUUCGGUCGUUUUCGUUGGACACGAUUACCCUUUGGCAUUUCAUCAGCGCCGGAGAUUUUCCAGCUAAAGCUACAGGAAGCCAUCGAAGGCUUGGAAGGCGUGGAAUGUAUAGCAGAUGACGUGCUAAUAUACGGAAUUGGCGAUACAUUUGAAGAGGCAUUAGUUAGCCACAACAAAUGUCUGGAAGCACUCCUGGUCAGGCUGGAGCAAAAGAAUGUGAAGCUUAAUUUAUCGAAACUCAAGCUGUGCCAAACUUCAGUCAAGUUUUACGGACAUGUGCUCACCGAUCAUGGAUUGAAGCCAGACGAGAGCAAAGUUUCUGCCAUCAGAGAUUUCCCCAGGCCGACCAACAGAAAGGAGGUGCACCGUUUUGUUGGGAUGGUAAAUUAUCUGAGCCGUUUCGUUAAAAAUCUCAGUAUGAAUUUGGUCAACUUACGAAGCUUAAUAUCCGAGGAAGUGCCAUGGAAGUGGUCGAAGAUUGAAGAAGACGAAUUCACCAACGUAAAAUCAUUGUUUGCGGAUGUCGGUACUCUGCGUUACUACGAUCCCAAUCUACCACUGACAAUAGAGUGUGAUGCCAGCUGCUACGGUUUGGGUGCGGCAGUCUUUCAACAGGAUAGUGUUGUUGGUUUCGCAUCUAGAACCCUAACAACAGCAGAAAAGAACUACGCUCAGAUCGAAAAAGAGCUACUAGCAAUCUUGUUUGCCUGUCUACGAUUCGACCAACUCAUCGUCGGCAAUCCGAAAGCUGUUGUCAAGACGGACCACAGACCACUAAUCAACAUCUUUCAAAAACCACUCUUAUCGGCUCCGCGCCGGCUACAGCAUAUGCUUUUAAAUUUGCAGCGAUACAGCCUAACGAUAGAGUACGUGAGCGGAAAAGAUAAUGUCGUCGCGGACGCUCUUUCUCGAGCUCCGAUGGUCAGCGAACCUGAAGAUCAAUAUAGAAAGAUGAACAUCUUUAAGGUGCUUAAGGAAGUCGAGGACGUUAAUCCGACAAUCUACUUGAGCAUUUCGCACCAGCGCCUAAGUGAAAUAAUCCAAGAAACGGAAAAGGAUUCAACGAUGCAGACAAUCAUUAAAUUCAUACACCACGGGUGGCCGAGGACAGUCGAUAAAGUGCCAGAUACAGUUCGAAUAUACUACAACUAUCGAAACGAAUUGAGUACUGUUGAUGGAGUGGUUCUGCGGUAUGAUAGAAUAGUGGUCCCGUACGUGUUGCGUCGCAAAAUGAUUGACUGCUGUCAUGUUAGUCAUGGUGGCGUGGAAGCAACGCUGAAGCUAGCAAGAGCCAAUCUUUUCUGGCCUGGCAUGAGCUGCCAAAUAAAGGACGUGGUUAAGGAGUGUACUGUUUGUGCAAAGUACGCUGCAUCUCAAGCAAAUCCUCCAAUGAUGAGUCACAGCAUACCGGUAUUCCCUUUCCAAAUGGUGAGUAUGGAUGUUUUUCUCGCAGAAUACCGUGGGCGUAAGCAGAAAUUUCUUGUCACGGUCGACCACUACUCUGAUUACUUUGAGGUUGACCUUUUGGAAGAUUUGACUCCGGACACCGUCAUUCGGGUGUGUAAAAGAAAUUUCGCUCGUCACGGUGUACCACAAACGGUCUUGACGGACAACGGCACAAAUUUCAUCAACCGCAAAAUGGUCCAGUUUGCUCACGAUUGGGACUUUGAGCACAUAACAUCUUCACCGCAUCAUCAGCAGGCAAAUGGAAAGUCGGAGGCGGCGGUGAAAAUUGCAAAGCGAAUGAUGAAGAAAUGCGAAGACACAGGUGAAGAUUUUUGGUUCGCCCUUCUUCAUUGGCGCAAUGUGCCGAAUAAAAUAGGUACCAGUCCAACAGCACGGCUCUUCUCGCGAUCAACUCGUUGCAGUGUACCAUCAUCCAUUGAAAAUUUGCUUCCAAAGGUCGUGGAAAAUGUACCUGCGUCAAUCGAGAAACAGCGUAAACGUUCCAAAUUCCACUAUGAUAAGAAAUCACGGCACUUACCAGAAUUACAGGUGGGCUCUGCAGUGUUUGCUCAACUAAAUCCAGAAGAGACAAAAGUGUGGACACCAGCAAUCGUUAGCAAUCAGCUGAGUGAACGCUCAUAUGUGGUGGACGUCGGUGGCUCUAAAUAUCGUCGAAGCUUGGUACACUUGAAGCCGCGAAAUGUAAACACUCAUCGAAACAUCGAAUCAUCAACAACAACGGGGACAAACGGAACAACGUAUCGUUGUGAUCAACCCGAUCAACCGCCACCCAACGGAUCAAAUGCAAGGACGAAAGAUGUAUCAACAACGCUUAAUUCUUCAGCGAGCUGUGUGGCAGUACAUAAUUUUCAAAACAAUCCGCCUCCUGUGAUUCAAUCAUCUGAUGAUACACCGUUGAUGACAGUUCCAGAGGUAACGUCUGAUCAAUCGUCUGAAAAGCAGCCACGCAGCAAUAGAGUGACCAAACCACAGGUGACUCCCAUUUCAACAUCGAUCCGACCCAGACGAGAAAAGCAGUUGCCCAACAAGCUGAGAGAUUAUGAUUUAAGUUUUAAGUAAAAUACAUUUUUUUGAAAAUGAGGAGGAUGUUGUCAUAUCGGCAUACCCCUCGUAUUCUGGUUAGAUCACACACACAGACUGAGAGUCAAGAGAGAUGGAAUCAUUGUACUGCAGUCCGUCGCGUAGUUAAGUUCGCUAAAAUAUAA